AUGGCCAGCACGAUAACGAUCAAACUAGUAUUCAGCGGUGGACUCGAGUUGCUAUUUGGCAACGAGCGUGAUCAAUCGGUUCUCAUCCCUCAAAUUGUGCCAUCUGACAAUUCCACGCGUUCUACUCCAUCCUCAACUUCAUCUACUCCAUCCUCAAACAAUGACACUCCUUCCAUUGACACGGGAGAGACUAAGGCAGCAGACCUGGAGUACUUGAUAUAUCACCUUCGUGAUCAUUUACUCAAAGAGCGCCCCGAAUUGUUCAUGGAGAACGGGACGAUCCGCCCAGGGAUCCUUGUCCUGAUUAACAACACCGACUGGGAGCUCGAAGGGGAAGGUUCCUACCAACUCUGUAAUAACGACGAGAUCGUUUUUAUCUCGACGCUACAUGGCGGGUGA